AUGGGAGGUCGUGGACGAGGUGGUGGAGCCGCUGGCACAACGAUGCGCAAUGUGGCGAAUGCUCUCGGUAUUGCUCGGCACGAAAUGUCACGAAUGGCUCAACAGCAGCAGAAGCUCGAACCUCCUCCUCUUUAUCCAAAAGUCCAACGCGAUCCGAUUCCAUUGGAAAUGACGUCUGAUAUGGUUUACGUGUCACGGCUGAAAAUGGAAUUGGACCAGCGAUUGCGAGAUUCGCCGUAUUUCAUUGAGGCCGAAAAGAAAAAUGAUGUGAAGCGAUAUCUCGACAAAUAUUCGAUUGUGAAACGAGAAAAAUUAGAAUUAGACAUGUCUUGUAUGCCAGCGGAACUUUCAUGGAGGCGGAAUCCGAUGAAGAAAUCUGAACCCAGUGCAAAACGGCGAAAAAUCGAUAAUUCGGAUGAUACAGUGAUUCGCGAGAAGCUGACGAAAUUAGAAGAGAAAGAAGGACAAAUCAAUGAGGAUGAUGAUGAAGAAAAACGGAAUGAUGAUGAUGAUGAUGGAAGCGAAAAAUCGGCAGUUGACGAUGCUGAAAAUGCACUUUCCGAUGAUGAUUAUCAAGAAGAAGACAAUGAUUAUAUAUCGAAUUAUUUCGAUAAUGGUGAAGGUUAUGGUGAUGCUGGAAGUGAUGAUAAUAUGGAUGGAGACGAAUAUUAG